AUGAAGGAGCUUCGCAAGAUUAGCAGACUCAGAAAGAAGCAACACCUUGAUGCGCUCAUUAUGGAGGCCAGGAACAGCAGCAGUCCCAUGACAGCCGUUCACCAAAUCCUGAAGCGCUAUGCACCAAAGGUCAGGCAGAAAAGGCUCCAGCUCCGCACCAGUCAAGGACACAUCCUCACGCCGCAAGAAGAAAUGCAGCAGAUUGUGGGACAUUUUAAGCAGGUCUACAAACAGCCAGACCAUGCACCAUCGGGCAGGCCUGUUGAUCAGGCCGUUGUCUUUGAUCCACACAGUGUGCUCCUAGCGUUCAGCAAGUUGCCUAACAAGGCUCUUCCUUCACACUUCCUGCCUGCCCCGUUCUGGCGAGCCUCAGCUCACCUUGCGACGCAGGUGUUCCAGCAGACCCUUGUGGCAGCCUAUGACCGGGAAGAACUUUUGCUGCCCAAGGCCUGGCACGAAAUACAAGUGGCACUCAUCCCUAAACCGUCUAAGCCGGCGACCUCCGCCGACUCGCUAAGACCAAUUUCACUGCUUUCGCCGAUGGCCAAAGUCCUAGCAAAGCUAGUAGCGGAGGAAAUUCGGCCCAUAGUCUCGAAUGCCGCAACGCACAUCCCACAAUUUGCAUACCUUGAAGGACGACAAACCUGCGACGCUAUCGACAGGGCUUUUGGCCAUUGCAGAGAAAUCCGAGAACGUCGCCAAAAUGCCACGGUCACCACCCGUGAUAGGAGGGCGGGCAAAACUGCCCAAAUCGUCUCGGGAGGCGUCACGCUCUCACUUGAUCUACGCAAAGCCUCCGACAGCAUCCCCUGGCAGUGUCUGCAGACAUGCCUUGAGCACUUCCGGAUACCUGCCUCGAUCAUUCAACUUAUUUUGUACCUACAUGAGAACGCUACGUACAUUUUUAAAACUCCCAGGGCGCAGGGCUCUGUGCUGGCGGGGCAAGGCAUCAGGCAAGGAUGCGGAUUAGCGCCGAUGCUCUGGACGCUCUAUUCCCUCUAUCUUGCAUCCAAACUUGACACUGCUGCGCCCUCAGCACUCAAAACUUUCUUUGCGGACGAUUUCCGAGCGCAAUGGACGAUCGAGACCUGGUCGGACAUGAAAAGUGUCCCCACGCAAAUUUCCAAAAUCGUUGCAGUCUUGGAAGAUCAUGGUAUGCAACUUAGUCCGGGCAAAACAGUGGUCCUCUACUCGCUCUGGGGUACGCAGGUGCAUGCAUGCCUCAAGCCCAUGCUGUAUCAACAUGCCACUCUCGGCAAAUGCCUGCGAAUUGGGGCUGCCAACCUCACGGGAAAGUGCUACCUGCUGCCGGUUGUCAUGUCCCAUGAGUACCUUGGCGUCAAACUUUCGUACAAAAACUUUGAGUGGCAAACCCUUAAGCACCGGCUACGCCAUUCCUGGAUUGCCUAUAAUCGGUUAUCUGCCUUGCCAAAGUCUAAAGCCCUGCCAGUGCAUAAGCGAUUGCAGCUGCAUCAAUGCAUAUGUCUCGCCACCCUUCGAUAUGGGCUCUCCUGUACAGGACUGACUGUGGCUGGUAGGCAGAAAGUCUAUGGCACUGUCCGACAAUGGCGAGCUUUGGCUAAUAACCUUCCUCACAUCACUGGGCUGUCUAAUGCGAAUUUCUUGACAAACUUUCACCUGGCUGACCCCCUGGAAGGCUUGGACACUACUUUGAUCAAAAGGCUAGAUAAGGUAGAAUCAGGGCCUGUUGCACAACUACAGCCAACCGUCGUAAAAAGAUGGUGGGAGCACCUCCGUAAAAUCACCAAUGAUCCGACUGUUACGCAGGCGGCAAGCAAAGUGCCCCUCAGACAUCAGGAUGCCAGACCCCCAGCUCCAUGUGAUGUAUGCGGCCUUUCCUUCCCCAACGAGGCCACGUUACGUUGGCACAUCUCCAACGUGCAUGUCAAGCUGACUAAAGAGCAACAUCAUGCGAAGGAGGCAGCCUUUCGAGAACGAAAGGCCUCGCACAUGCAACAUGCACACGAUGGUAUGCCUACGUGUCGACACUGCAGACAUGAGUUCUCAUCCUGGCCGCAGUUUGCGGCGCAUCACAAUAGGCAGUGUUGCCCAGUACUUCACUUAGGAUGUGCCCCGACCCUACCUCCAUAUCCGCCAGACCCUGAACCCCUGCUGCAGGACGAAGCUUUUCUGCAAGAGGCUCAGUCGGACGAUUGGAAGCAGCUUGCACAGAAAAUCCGCGCCAUUGGGCGAUUGCACUACUGCCCCUUCUGCAACCUUUGGAUGGCCAAAACUGCCAUGUUGCAUCAACAUAUCAAAGCUCAACAUGUGGAUGCAACCGCUCACCUUGACCAGUGUCAGCAUUUCCUGCUUACGCGAAAGGGUGUCAACUCCCCCUGCCAGCACUGUGGCACUCGGCACAACCGCGUAAUGAUGGACGAGCUGACAAGAGGCGCCGCCGAAAUGGAUCUGUGGAAGUCCAUGAUGAACAAGCCUGGGGAGGUGGGACAAAAGUGGCAAGGAGACCGAGCGGAGGACCUCAGUCGCCAGAAAGGUCGGCAGCGCGGAGAUCGGGGGAAAGGCAACCAGAGCUUCGCGAAGCAGGCCAAACAGGCCUCCGGACCUUCUUCGCUGGACAACGACGAGGACGAUCCCCUGAGAGAGGCCGUGAAGCUCAUCACGACCCUGUCCCUUCGCCACGAGGAUGCACUGGCCAUCCACCGUCAGGACACCAGCUACGUGUUCUUCAUGAAGACCAGUCCGCCGGAGCUGACAGUGCUCAGCGAUCUCAUGCGAGUCGGAUCGGAAUGGAAGGCCAAGAAGGAGCAGUCACCAGCUCUGGUAACCCAGCCCUUACGUGUGGUCCUCCUGGGCUGUCUCCUGGAGGCGGUGACUACCAGGAUGCAAUCCCUGCAGGAUCCAACGCUACAUGCCAAAGCACAAACGGCCAAACUGUUAAAUCCAGCGGGCGACUUUCACUACAUGAUGUGGGACGACGCGGAGAAGAUAUACCAGAACAAGGACGAUCGCGAAUCGAUCCCCACGAAAGCGGUACUCGAGGACAUCGCGACCUUGCAGAGGCUGAUCCUCCAGCCACGAGUGGUAGGACGCUUUCAUGCCCAACGGAAGCUUGCGCCGGACAUGCAGGGGGAAGUGGUGCCAUUCGUCCUGGAGAUUGGCCUACGCAACCAGGCCUCACACGCAGUCUACUUUCUGCUGGACAAGUACUGCCACCAAGCGAUCUGGCACCUGGCAGGCACGUCCCUGAGGCACGACAAACUGGGACGAGGAGCGUUGGCCAAUGCGCUGGAGAAGCUUGCAGAGAAGCUUUGA